AUGGACGAUGAUACUGCUGAUAUAGACGCUCAGAUAGCUAGGUUAGAAGCUAUCAAAGCUCAAAGAUUGGCCAAAGUAGCAGCGGGACAACGUGCGAGAGAGAAAGAACAAGCUCAAGUUCUUGUGGGGACAACACCUACUAAACCGAAAGAUAUCCCACUCAGACCCAUCGCUUCUAAGAUGUCUUCGUCCCUCGCUGCUCUUCGCAAAGGUCCUUCCUCCUCCACACUUUCACACAAUACCGUUCCUCGCUCGUCAUCCUUCGCCAAACGACCCGAAUUACCCUCUGUCUCCACUUCGGUCCUGUUGACAAACCCCUCUUUAGUGAGAAAAGAUGAGGAAGAUGAUGAGCUGGAAGUGUAUAAACCCGAUGGACAUGUGGAUAGGGAUGGCUACGAUAUGACGAUCUUAGAGAAUAUCAAAUUAGGUCCUGGGGAGUUUGGUAGAGAUCCGGAAGGUGAGCAAGUAUGGAGGGAUCUUGAGCCUAAUUCAGGGAUAAGAUUGUCAAAACGUAUCCUACCUCAUUCAGAAGUACAAGAUCAUAUCCGAGGCCGACACUACCUUGCACCUUCACUCCUCUACUCUGUCAUCCGACUUUCUAGAGAUGGAGCGACAUACGACGUACCCGUAAUGGGAGAUUGGCUCACUAUUGCCGUCGUCGCUGAAAGGUCAGAAAUACGAGUAUCCGGUACGAAAGAUCUUGACUCGAAUGACCAGAAUUUAGCGUCUGACGAUUCUGAUCCGGAAACUCAAGCUGAAUCCUCGAGGUCGAAAGCACGCGCUGUUGGGAUGAAAGAUGUUAAAAACGGGAAAGGGACAGAUCUCAAGAAAGGGGUCAAGAAAGAAAAGAAACGUGCCCCUAGAAAAUAUAUAAACCUUCGUCUUUGUUCUCUCCCACCUCGAAAGAAAGAUGGUACAGGUGGAGACGCUUUGUUACAAUUGUUAUUGUUCGAAGCGGAUUGCGUGGUGAGAGAAAAGGAUGAGGAUGGGGAGGAAUAUAAAAGUUAUCGAGGAGGUUCAGGUGGUGCAUAUGAGAAAUGGUGUAAUUUGGCAGUUGGAAGUGUUAUCGCUAUAUUGAAUCCGAGGAUUUUACGUCCACUUCGGGCUGGCACAAACGCCCCCCACCCCCUGACUCUACCACUCGCCCUCAACCCCCUAGGCGCGGAUAGCAUAACUCUCAUCGGUCAUUCCCGAGAUCUGGGUUGUUGUUCCGCGACACAACGUGACGGGAAUAGAUGUACCACUUGGGUUGACUUGAGACAAAGUCAUGUGUGUGAAUAUCAUGUUCAUGCUGCUGUACAAAGAGGUCGUGCUGGUCGAGCAGAGUUCACCGCUAGCACCUCCUCUUUCGCCCUCUCCACUCACCCCCGUCUCCAAUCCUCCAAAUCAACUUCAUCUCGGAACACAAAACCAGACUAUUCAAAACGUACCGGUCUUCUACCUUCCUCUGGACCUCAAGCCGCCCCUCGACGAUCUGACAAUGGAGGGGGAGGAACCACAUACGUCGUAGGAGGAGGUAUAGUCCGUGAUGCUCCCACCGAAGGAGGUCUGAGGCGGUUCGGUGAUGAACAUUUAUCUGAGAAGCUAGGGAGGGGAAGGGCGGAGAAGAGGAAGAGGAGGAUACAGGAGAAAGAAGCUGAGGAGAUGUUGAAUAAGAUGAUUGAUGGGCAAACAACUGGAGGGAAGUAUUUAUCUGUUAUUCGGACUUCUACCCUGGGUGAAAGAAACUUGAGUGAUUCAAAAAAAGGUGGUGUAGGUCGGUCAAGAGUAACGGGGGUGGGAGAAAGUAAAGAGAGAGUGAGUGAGGGAUCGAAAUUUAAACGGGAGAGGGAUGAGAGACAUGGGAGUGAGGAAAGUCGAGAGAAUAAAGAAGAUAUGGAGAAAGAAGAAGAAGAUAUGGAAGAAGAGAGAGAAAGAAAGAAACCCUUUUCUGCUGGUGCUAUAAAGUUAAUAGGGUUCGAUCCAACUAGAGGAAAUGGGAGAGAAGGGGAAGAUUUGAAGAAGAGGAUGGAAAGUAUUGCUUCGUUAAGGGACGAUCGACCAGUCAAAUUAGGAAAAAUACCAGGUCCACGAAUACCUUCUGUCCGACCUCCAAAGGAUCCCAAGGAUACGAAUCUCAUAUCCACUUUUCGAUCCAUUCCCUCAGCCCACAACAAAUCUGCGCAUGUCCUUUCUCAUACUUUGAACCAGACAAACGAUAAGAAAGAAGAAGAUGAUGAUGAUAAGAUGAUAGAUCUUGAUUUUUAA